AUGUCCUCGGCAGUGGGGAUCGUAUGCGACCUACUUGCCUCGUCCCGCCGAGAGGCCGCCGCCACUCCAACAGUGCGACGGCCAAUUGCAUCAGCUUGUCGCCAUGCGCCGGCGGAGCCAAUGCGGCCUGCCGCGCUGGAACAAGCCGCCUCCUCGUCGUCUUCCGUGCGAGCGAGGCCCGACGUUUUUGCAUCGGCCGACGAUGAUAGCAAAAAAAGACGCCGCCUCGACACCGCCCACUGCGCCUUCAGCAUUCCCAACAACGACGACGAUCCUGCAGCCGAGAACCCGCCACUGUUUUCAAAGCACACGCUCCGUGAAGAGCAGCUGCGGUCUUUGGGGUGGAUGCUGUCACAGGAGAAGCUGCAAGGCAGCCUGCGGGGCGGGCUCCUUGCGGACCGCAUGGGCUUCGGCAAAACCAGCAUCGCCAUCGGCCUGACCUCCCUGGAUGUUCGACCUUGCAGCGUACCAGCACGGAGGCUCCCAGCAAGAGAUGGCUACAUUCCUGCAAGCGGCACCCUCAUCAUGUGCCCAUCGCACCUCAUCGACCAAUGGGAGGAGGAGUUCUGGAAGUUCCUUGGAAGUGACGGUGUUGAGCUCUCCAAAGUUCAGAGCCCCCAGCGCAACCUCGAGGAGGUGAAGUUGCAGUUUCGUUCGGCCGACUUGCGGGAGGACUCCGGCUACCGGUUUGGCAUACGCCUCGCUGGAGAUGGUGAUCAGGGAGCAGCGAUAGCACACAUGACUGCUUCCACGGAGGAGAAGAUCAACGCGGCCUUGAGGGCACACGGCAAGGUGGCUCGGGCGCUGUGCGUUGGAGAUCGCAUCAAGAAGAUCCGUUGCACUCACACGGAGAAUGGACCAGGAAGGAAAGCACGAAGCUUAACACUCAGCGCGGCAGACAAAGUAAAGGAAUUUCUCCAUCCACAACGCCGGCCCAAGAAUACCCGUACUUUCAGUUACGCUGGUGUCAAGCACACUGCCGAGUCUGUCAUCGAUAUCACUUUCAAGCUGGAGUCCCGGGAAGAGCCGCGCACCAGAGUGACUCGUGGCAAGGGCCCACUGAAGGUGCUCAUCGUGCGAGAGAGCGCUGAGAUGAACCGUCUCCGGCAGCAAGACCUCCUUCAGUUCCAUGUUGUGCUGGCUUCCACCGGGAUCCAUUCGGACCAGCGUUAUGCCAAGUUUGUCACCGAGGCAGCCAUCAGCACAGGUCAGGCUUGUUCCGUAAUGGCCAAAAAGAUUACCGUGCUGCCAGUUUUCGUCAAGGAAAGGAGCAAGGAUGAUCGUUCUUUCCGGAUGCUUCUACACCAAAGCCCAGCGCUUUUCGAGUUGAAUUCCUGGCGCCGGGUGAUUUUGGAUGAGUUCCACGAAAGCGAAGCUUGGGAAUACAGAGUCCGCGAGAUGCUUCGGGGCCUGACUGCCGAGCACAAGUGGGGUUUGUCUGGAACGCCCCCGAUGGACAGCGCCCUCGUCGUCGUGCAAAUAGCCGCGCUGCUGGGGUUCGCCUGGGACCAAGUGGAAGGUGAGGAUCUGAUGUCGGAGGCCACAUAUCGGUUUGGCCAGAUGCACGAUGUCAGGAAUCGCAAUUGGUUUGCAGAAAAUAAAGCAGAGCUUGAAGCGGCGGCCAGGGAGUUUGUUGCCAAGUUCAUCCGGCAGAAUACGUCGGCCCUCGUGGAAAAGAUCGGCAUCAAGGAACACGCGCAGCUGGUGGAUCACUCGCACGAGGAGCGGCUGAUCUACCGCCAAGCCUGUCACGACCAGGGCAUCUUCGACCUGUCGGAUGGGUACACGCACAUCUCCUUAGAGGCUCGAAAAGAGUUGAUCAAGCGCUGCGCCCACUUUGACAUGGGAAAGGCCGAUUCUGCAGACUCGGCAGUGCAGCAGCUGGGCCAGAGCAAGAGGAGUUGGCUCUUACGGGUGGAGGCGCAGCUGCACCUCGAGCUCGCUCGAGCCAGCGCCUUCGGGUGCUGGACGCAGGAGCUCAAAGCUCAGCUGACAGCACGGCUUCAAUCGCUUCAUGCAGAGGUCAAGAGCGUGGUGGAGCCGCUCCUUGCCAUGACGGCGGGAGAGCUCCAGGCGAAGAUGGUCCGAGACGUCGACUCCUCCGGCAACCGGGCGCCAGAAGCCGCAGCUUUACAGAUGGCUUUGCGUCUUUCUGUGACCUCGAUGACAGUGGACGGUGAGCUGCGCCUUCGGCCCCUGGCGUGCCUCCAGCAGCCCGUGCCCGAGUCCGAGUACUUCGCGGACGACAGCCAGCGCCACUUGGUCGUGCACUCCGUCGCCCGCAAGGCACAGCACGGAGAGGCUGAUGACGCCUUGUGCGACCUGGCCACCUGUAAGUGCAACGAUGCGACUCCGAAGCAGCUGAGAACAGCCUUCGCCAAAGGCGUUCUGGAGCUUGUGAGCCUCUUGGACAAGGCCAAGCGCAGUUUGCAGUUCUAUGAGCAGCAGCUGGGGCAGCUGCAAAGCUCGGAGACGGCGGAGCGAGAGUGCUCCAUCUGCUUGGAGCCCAUCAGCGACCUGUCCACUGCAGCGAUCCUUCCCUGCUCGCAUGUAUUUCACAUGCACUGCGUCAGAGACGUCUUGGCGAGGAUCCCGAACUGCCCAGAGUGCCGAGCUCCUCUGCAGGCUUCGCAGAUCUCUUCCGUGGUGAUGGAGCUGAAGAAGCCUGAGCCGCAGCCUGUCCAAAGAGCCAUGAGCAGAGCCUGGAAGCGCCACGGGUCCAAGCUCAACGCAGUGGCCGCCAAGCUCAAGGAGAUCCGCCAGAGCGACCCCACUGCCAAGGCCCUCGUCUUCGUGCAGUGGGCUGAUCUGGAAGCCAAGGUGUGUCGGGCUUUGCAGGACCACGGCGUCAAAUUCCUGCACCUCUCCAACCUCCUGGUAAAUGUGCGCAAGCGCAAGCAGCUCGAACUGCAGGACGGCGAGGUGCUGCGACGCUUCCAGGAGGAGUCCGGCCCUGAUGCUCCCUUGGCUUUGGUGCUCUCGCUGCAGCGUGCGGCCUCCGGCACCAACCUGACGGCGGCCAGCCACGUCCUCUUCGUCCAUCCCAUGAAUGCCGAGAGCAUCGAGACUGCCACGGCCUACGAGCGGCAGGCGCUGGGCCGUGUCAGGAGGAUCGGCCAGUCGAAGGAGAGCAUCAGCGUCUGGCGCUUCAUCACCAAAGACACGGUUGAGGAGCACAUCUGCGAGCUCCACAAGAAGGCAGCGACUUCGUCCAGUGAUCCGGCAUCCGUGAACGGAAUCUCGAGUUGA